UGAUUGCUGAACAAACCCAAAAUUGAAUCCUCCCCCCUCUUUACGGAAACUGAAAACCCUGCGCCUCCAAAAUGACGGAAGUCAACUAUACCGCCCCUCUCUCCUCCAUAACACGAACCAUCAUCCUCACAACCGCGAUGGUCGCAGCGCUCCUAUCAUGGCUGGUGUGGGGAUUCCACACGGCCCCCACGCGCACUUUUUUCUUCAUUUUUUACACCCUCCAAAUCACCUGGUUCGUGAUUGAUCCUGGGCUGUGCUAUAUUUGGUUCUCGCGGACGCAGCCGGACGGGACGAAAGUUAAGGUGAAGCGUCCUGUGAUCGGGUUUAAGAGAUGCGAGACUGUGAGGGGGCUGGUGGAUGAUGAUGACGGGUAUAGACAUGAGAGGGCUUUGGUGAGGAUUUGAGUUUGUUUUGUGCUUUGUUUAUUUGGGCGCCUUUUGGGGGUGGUUAUAGGGAAGCAUGUUUGUAACUGGUGCUAUUUUGUUGAGGUCCUUUGUUGCUCGGGUUGAGACAAUAUAUUUGUCGGGUCUAGGGGCAAGGAUCUACUGAUUAUAAAGUUCUGAUAGCCGACGAGAUACUGCUUGUAGAAUCAGUCAUCAAAGCGAAUAAAGCAAUUUUUUUGACUGAA